AUGGAAGGUGAAUCAUUUUUCGCGAGCCCUCAAUUCUUCUCCCUAACCUUGUAUACAAUCGGACUCUUCUCUUUUCCUAUUAAUUUAUUCGGUGCUUAUUGCAUUGUAUUCCAAACUCCUGAAUCCAUGAAAUCCGUCAAAUGGAGCAUGUUCAAUAUGCAUUUCUGGAGUUCCUUUGAAGAUAUAACAGUCAGUUUAUUAGUUCAACCGUAUCUAUUAAAAUCCACUUGGGCGGGAAUUCCAUAUGGAAUUUUGAAGGAGUUUCAUGUCCCAUUAACUCUUCAAGCCUAUAUUCUUUCCACCUCGCUUUGCAUGCUUGCUGUCUCAAUCAUCACCAUCUUCGAAAACCGUUACUUCCUUCUAUUCGCCGAACACACUUGGUGGCGGUUUGCUCGUCGACCAUUCCUUGCCAUUAACUACACCCUCGCCAUUCUCUACUACGUCCCAACCGUGCUCAGCGCGCCAGAUCAAACCAGUGCCCGAGCUGUAACUUUCAAAGAAUUCCCCGAAUUUCGGAAGCUAGACACCCCGGAAAACCCGAUAUAUGUUCUGGUUUUGGAUAACCCAUGGGUUUCGGCAAGACAGAUUGCAAUGGAAGUGACAUACUUAACAGAGGCGUUGAGUUUAGUUUUUCUGCUGAAGUAUAACAUGAAAAACGCGACGAAAGGGGUGAAAAUGUCAGAGAACACUUCAAGAUUGCAAAAAGCUUUUUUGAAAGCCCUGUAUACUCAGACCUCCCUCCCGUUCAUGGUGAUCCUGGUUCCAUCUGUUGUAUCAAUUUUUUCUGGAAUUCUAGAAAUCUCAACGCAAAGUGUGAAUAAUCUUGUGUAUAUUACACUUUCCUGCCAUGGAUUGGCGUCUACCACCGUUAUGCUAUUAAUUCAAAAACCAUAUCGAGAAUUUUGUUUAGGAAUAGUCGGAAAGUCAAAACGGCGACAGAAAAUCACUGCCAUAUCGACAAUAAGUCGAAGAUCUGUUGUGACUGCUUUUUAA